UGAACCACGUUUGUUAUUGUUUUCAUUCCAGUUUGAUAAAUUCUUCAGUCUGAAUCCGGUCAUAAAAGUUUUUACAAAGAAUUUUUUUAAGAAAAUACAUACAUCAGUUCGAAUAAUGGCGGAUUGCUGAAACAAACACUUUUUGUUUAAGUUUUUAAUUUGGCAGCACAAUAAACAGAACAGAAAAAAUUUCAAAGUUUACUGAGACGUCCUAAUGGCAGAAAGAGGAGCUUUUUUGACCUCAACAACCAUCAGCCGACCGUCAAUAUUUGAGGUUUUGGCCCAAGAAAAUUUGGCAAGCACAAUUCAUCCUGCUUUGAAGAGGAUAGCCAAUUUUUUAGCAACUUCCAAUCCAAACGCAUAUGGCUGGAUACUCAAAUGGUUUGACGAAGUUUACCUUGUUUUUAAUUACUGCGUUCAGACACACUACUUAAGAAAUUAUGGAGCUUCCUUUGCUGAAACGUUUUAUGGCUUAAAACGAUCACCACUCAGCAAACCAACUGCAGCUUUUCUUUCGACUCGGCAAAAAAGUUUGUCUCUUAUAGUGAUUGUUCUUUUGGACUAUGCCAAGAACAAAUUGUCCAUUGUUAUCGAAGAGUGGAGGAACAACACAGACCCACAUCCUAUGAAGGCUUUAUUUUUAAAACAUUGGAGCCAGCUGCAAUUGAUCUGGAGAGUUGUCUCUUUUGCCAAUUUGCUUUCAUAUAUGAAUGGAAAAACAGAUUACCACACACCAUUGUUACGAUUUGCCGGAGUUGGUUUGCAAAACGCCGACGACGAAAUUCCUCCUCGAGACGACAGCACAUUGAGCUUGUGGAAGAGAGGUGUUGCCCUAAUCGGACCAGGCCUGGCAAGGUGCCUUGAAAUCAGCGCCUUCACAUUGCAAUUUCUGCAGUGGUGGCACGGAGACGGAGGUCCUCGACCUCAGCUUUCGGCUCUUCCAGUGCCUUCUGCCCCUUCUUUGCUGCCCGGAGGACGAGAAUAUUCAGGGCUGUGUCCCCUUUGCUUAAAGCCAUGGAACAUCGAAACUGUUUUGCCAGUGUCUGGGUUUGUUUUCUGCUACAAGUGCAUUUUUCAGCACUUAAAGGAGACUGGAAAAUGCCCAGUAACAAAUUACCCUGCGUCUACAGACGAGUUACUCAGAGUAUAUUCGACGAGAAGUCAUUCAGGUUGAAUAAUUAUUUAGGUGGAAAGUUUUAGCCGGGCCUUUCAAUUGUGAUGUUUUUGUUCACUUUGCUCUCUGAGCCUUAAUAAUUAUGUUUUUUAUUUAAAUAAAAGUAAGCAAAUUUUACAUAGC